AUGUCUACCCGCCUAGUCUUCCGUAUCAUCUACAGGAGUGUCUACACCCUCCUCUGCUUCAUCCUUCUCGUCCUCAUACUCGUCACUCCCGGCGAUGCGAUCCGGCAAGCGCUACCUAAGCAGGCAUACCACAUCGUCAUCAUAUCUGCCGCCUACAUCGGUACAGUCCUUGUUGUUGGCUUCAUCUACGCGGCGCGACUCUUCGUCAAUCGCUCCAUCCUGUCCUCCAUACCCAAGUCAUGGAUCCCAAUCGAGAAGGGCGAUGUCAACAAACAAGUUCGCAAAAUGAUUGCCGCAAGUCUCAGCCGGAGUGCCGCUAUCGCCUUCGAGUCUCGCCCGCGCGACACCUCCACGAUCAUGCCGGUCGAUGUGGAGCCCGAGUAUGAGGAGAAGGUGAAGGAGAAUGGACAUACAAAGCCGCAUAAGAAGUCGCUGCAUAUGCUUAGGUUGAAGAAAACGGCCACGAUGGAGGAUGAAUUGGGCAUUACUCUGCCUCCACACAAGGCGGUUUGGGGAGAGAUUGAGCAUUUUGGAUGGGCAUCGCCGAACUCGCCUGAUUUGCCCAACUUGCAGUACUCUACCGUCAUCUCGGAACUGCCAAACUUGAUCGAGGCGAAGGCUCUUACUCUGGCCCCGCCAGAUCCGGAGUCUCUGGCUGAUCCGCCCCUAUUGGAUCGCGAGGCUGUGGCUCUGCUGCAGAGGCCGGAGACGUCACCUGCUGUCAGCGACUUCGUCUGCAUGUACGAGUAUGCGCGCUACUCCACACGACCCAUCUCUAUGGCGCGGUUCCGGGAACUGAUGCACUUGUUCGCCGAGGUUCUGCGUGGAAUGGAGAGCUUGGAUCCCGCUGUUUUGAAUCCUGUGGACGAGGAUGAUGCAUCUUCAGAAAGCGACAUUGACGAUAAUGCUCCACUUCAGACGAAUCCGGAUUCGCCGACGGCCGCCUAUGAUAGCUCGCAAUUCGUCGCAGAAUACGUGGGCGCAGUAUCGCACCGCACCGACAACGCCGAGAAGCAAGAGGACUGCGAUAUCGCGGACGUCCAGCGCGAACAGCUUUGCGCAGACACGGCAUCCGUAUCCCGCCAGUGCUUCAUCCAGCUCGAGCACUCACUCUGGCUCUGGCGGGUCUGUCAUUCGUCUGGCGGAUCGAGCGGGGCCUGGCGAACUGCCGCCGUGGUCCGAUUGCGCCUGUGA